UCGGGAGGAGAUGGCUCGGGAGGUCCCGCUGAUGCUGCUCCUGCUGGGCUCCCUGCGGGCCGGCGCCCUCCCCUGCCCGGAAGGCUCCUACCGUGACCCCCUCGAGGGCUGCCUCCCCUGCGACGUCUGUGACCAAGGGCGUUCCUACCUGCGUCCCUGUGGCCCCGAGGCCAACGCGGUCUGCAGAUGCCCCCCGGGAAGAGAGUGUGGGGGCAACACCUGCGUCCGGUGCGACUGUCCAAACGGUCAGCAGCCCACCAAGAAAGGCGGCUGCCAACGCUGCCCCGAAGGGGAGUUCAGCAACGGGACCUCAGGACCCUGCCGCCCCUGGAGCCGGUGCCCCCCCGGCCUGCGGAUCCAGACGCCCGGGACCGAGGAGAGCGACGUGGUUUGCCAGCCGGAGCUGGGGGCCCCCGCCGAGCCUGACCCAAGGAGCCCCACCAGACCCUCCCUGCUGGCGCUGGCCGUGGCCUGUCCUGCCGCCGCCCUGCUGACCUGCCUCCUGCUGGCGCUGCUGCUCUUCCGCCGGCUCCGGGUUCAAGGGAAGGCCCGGCAAGGUUGUCUAGCCUCUGACUUCCAGUUGCCCCUCCCUUACGGGUAG